AUGGGAAAUCUGUAAACAUUAAUAAAUUAUCAUUCACCAUUAUCAUAUAUUUAAGACUUAAAUGAGUAAAUAUAAGAUUGUGGAAUGGUAAAUCAUCCUGGUCUUGGGUCAAUUUAAUUAUGGAAGAUUAAGCAAUCAAAUUCGCCAAUGAUGUUUUCAUAUGUAAAUUAACUUUUUCAUAAAAAUUAGCAUGUGCAUCUGUAUGAAAACGAUUCCCAUCUCUUUGAUUUUCAUAGAAGUCGUUGUUAAAUGAAACAUCCAAACCUUUUAGAAUAUUUUGCAUGUACAAACUCAAAGGCUUAAAAUAUUGGCAAUGUUUAAUCAUAAUAACUAUUUUUUGCUUAUUACAAUAAAAAUUUAAAAUAGAAAUUACUCUAAUAUAAGACUGUGCCCGAAAUUGAAAUUUGGAAUGUAAAUAUAAAAUAUUUUGAAGAUAGUCGAAUAAAUUGUUAGUGCAAUGGCUUAUCUAUAAGGAUUGAACAGGUUUCAUGGUAAUUUGACUACCGAAUCAAUCCUUCUGAAUGAGAAAGAUCAAAUUAAAAUAUUGGAUUAACUUGAGUAGAAACCAAAUGGAGAUUAGAUAAAAGAGGAUGUAUUCGAUCUAGGAUUAGUAAUAAUGGAGAUGCUAACUGGUAGAGGUAUAUAAAUAAAUAUGCUAAAGCAAAUCAACUCAACUUUUUUGAUUCAUUAAAGCCAUUGGCGGGAAUCUAUUCGAUUCAAUUAUUGUAAUUAGUCGGUAAGAUGCUAUAAAAAGAUGCCCUACUAAGACCUGAUUUUAAUUAACUUCAAGAUAUUAUUAAAAAUAGAUUUAAAGAACCGAAAAUCUUACACAAUCCUUGCUAGACUUAGAGUGAACCAGCAUUUGUGCAAAUCAUCAAUUCUUCUUAAAGAUUAUAAAGUAGGAAGUAAGAGCAAAGAGUGAUCACUUUGCCUGAGAGAUAAUUUCAGCCCUCAACCCAUCCUAGAUUAAUAUCUAAAAAUGCAUCAUAAAGUAAUUUAUAAAAUAUUACUGUCCCUUCGCUUCCAAUUUAAGGAACUUAGUAUAAUCAAGAAUAGUAAAUUAUUAGCUUUGUUUCCUAUUUCAAAUAUCAUACUCCUAUUAAGCAAUUAUCAAGAGUCGAUAACCUCUCGAUUGCCGAUAGAUUAACAUCUUAUCCAAGUGGAAUUAGGCUAUCUUCAAAUGUAUGGUAAAUUUGA